GAACGACGGAGCGGUGCCAGGCCAGGUGUACGCGUCCGUCGGUCCGCCUGUGCUCUUGCCGGAGACCAGCUUCGAAGGCCGACCGGUCCCGUCCCUGCGCCCGGCACCAUGAAGCAAGAGUCCGUAUCCCCGAGCAUUCCACCAGCCUCACCUUCUUCAGAGCGAUCUGCGCAGCUUUCCCAGGAUCACAGCGAUCCUCCAGCGCUGUGGAUUUUCGGCUAUGGCUCUCUCGUAUGGAGGCCUGACUUUGCCUAUAGUGACAGUCGUGUAGGCUUCGUGCGUGGAUACAGCCGCCGCUUCUGGCAGGGAGACACCUUCCAUAGGGGUAGUGACAAGAUGCCUGGACGUGUGGUGACCCUCCUUGAAGACCAUGAGGGUUGCACGUGGGGUGUGGCAUACCAGGUUCAAGGUGAGCAGGUGAGCGAGGCCUUGAAGUACCUGAACGUUCGCGAGGCAGUGCUCGGCGGUUAUGACACCAAGGAAGUCACCUUCUACCCCCAAGACACCCCUGACAAGCCACUCAAGGCACUGGCUUAUGUGGCCACCCCACAGAACCCUGGCUACCUGGGUCCUGCGCCUGAGGAGGCCAUCGCCACUCAGAUCCUGGCCUGCCGCGGCUUCUCGGGCCACAUCCUGGAGUACUUGUUGUGCCUGGCAGACUUCAUGCAGCUCUGUGGGCCUCAGGCACAGGAUGAGCACUUGGCUGCUAUCGUGGAUGCUGUGGGCACCAUGCUGCCCUGCUUCUGCCCCACUGAGCAGGCUCUGGCACUAGUCUGA